GCCAGUGAACAUUAAGCGGAGCAGACCAAAAUCCCAAACAAGGAAAUGGUGGGGGAAUAAAACGACCAGAUUAUUUAAUUAAUGCAUGUAAUAAUUAAUAUUUUAUUUUAUUGUAAAUUAAGACGUAUUUAUGGGUUAAAAUGGAUUACGACUUCAAAACAAAGCUGGCGGCCGAGAGAGAGAGAGUAGAAGAUCUGUUCGAAUAUGAAGGUUGCAAAGUGGGUCGAGGCACCUACGGGCACGUUUAUAAAGCUAAGCGCAAAGACGGGAAGGAUGAGAAGGAGUAUGCACUGAAACAAAUAGAAGGCACUGGAAUAUCGAUGUCUGCCUGCAGGGAAAUUGCUCUGUUACGAGAACUGAAACACCCAAAUGUGAUCGCCCUGCAGAAAGUGUUCCUGUCCCACAGUGACAGAAAGGUUUGGCUCCUCUUCGACUACGCCGAACAUGACCUUUGGCACAUCAUCAAGUUCCACCGUGCCUCCAAGGCCAACAAGAAGCCCAUGCAGCUGCCCCGAGGGAUGGUGAAGUCUCUCCUGUAUCAGAUUCUGGAUGGGAUCCAUUACCUCCAUGCCAACUGGGUUCUCCACAGGGAUCUGAAACCAGCUAACAUCCUGGUGAUGGGGGAAGGUCCUGAACGAGGAAGAGUUAAAAUCGCUGACAUGGGUUUCGCCAGACUCUUUAACUCUCCCCUCAAGCCGCUGGCGGACCUCGACCCCGUGGUGGUGACGUUCUGGUACAGGGCUCCUGAGCUGCUGCUGGGGGCCCGGCACUACACCAAAGCUAUUGAUAUCUGGGCAAUUGGCUGCAUCUUUGCGGAGCUGCUAACGUCCGAGCCCAUCUUUCACUGUCGCCAGGAAGACAUCAAGACCAGUAACCCUUUCCAUCAUGACCAGCUGGACAGGAUAUUCAGCGUCAUGGGUUUCCCUGCAGAUAAGGACUGGGAAGACAUCAGGAAGAUGCCAGAGUACCCGACACUGCAGAAAGACUUCAGGAGGACAACGUAUGCAAACAGCAGCUUAAUCAAAUACAUGGAGAAGCAUAAAGUCAAACCUGACAGCAAAGUUUUUCUGUUGCUCCAAAAACUCCUCACCAUGGACCCCACCAAAAGAAUCACAUCAGAGCAGGCGCUGCAGGAUCCGUACUUCCUGGAGGACCCAUUACCAACCACUGAUGUGUUCGCUGGGUGUCAGAUCCCCUACCCAAAACGAGAGUUUCUAAAUGAAGACGAGCCAGAGGAGAAAACAGAAAAGAACCAGACCCAGCAGCACCAGCAGACAACGGGUCAAACUCAGGCCCAGAACCAGCAACAGACGGCAGCCCAGCAGGCCCCCUCCCAGCAGAGCUCAGCCCAAACCAACGGCACCGCCGGAGCUACGGGGGGCACCGCCGGCGGGGGUUUACAACACGGCCAGGACCAGGGGCCCCCCAACAAGAAACCUCGGAUCGGACCCUCUGGGGCCUCCUCAGGCACUGGGGUGCUACAGUCAGAGUACCAGCACUCCGGCACCCGCCUUGGUUACCAAAGCAACGUCCAAGGUUCCACUCAGCCCCAGAGCACCAUGGGAUACUCGUCGUCAUCCCAGCAGAGCUCCCAGUAUUCCCACCAGACCCACCGUUUCUGAGGCUCCCAGUUGCUCCUGAACCAGCAGAGGAGUCAGCUCCUCCUCCUCCAGCCAGACGUCACCGUGCUCCCUCGGCUCCAGCCGAGGAGUCGCUCCCUCAACCUGGUCGGGCCUCCCUCCGUGUGUUCAGUCAUCAUUCCAACCCAAGCAUCCUCCCGUGUAACCCUCCCUCACCUUUGACCUCUUUCUCGACGGCUUUCAACGGCACUGGAACAUGAAGGCAAACAAACAUAGGAACCAAAAAAAAAGAAAUCGAACAAGAGGUUCUGCCUCGUCGGGCUGGCGAACCAUGUUAAAACUGAAAAUAAUGUAAGAUAGAUGUGAAGGCGUCACACACACAGACUCAGAACUAUGGCACUUAAAAACACAAUGUUCCUCCCGAGGAAGAAUCGCAGCUGUGUUCAUAUAUGUACAUUAUAUAGCACCUUUUUCUAUUUGAUUUUUGUUCCCUCUCACUUAUUUGCUAGAGUUUUCAAGUUUACCUUGAUAGUUGAUGUCAUUGUAAAUAUUGUUAUAUAUGGAAGCGAGGAUGAAAGGAAACACAGGAGGAAAAAAAGCCCUUUACUGUCGUCUCUAGUGUAAUAUUUACCUUAGAUAAUCAAAAGGAACGCAGAAAAAGUUUGAGCUAACCCUGACCUUUUAGAAAAUUUAAAAAAAAAACAGUCUCAUGUUUCUACACAGAAAAAUUCAGCUCGUAAGCUGAUGCGAUUGCAGGGAAAUAUUAAAUGCGCAAUUUAACUUCGACUUCUUAUAGGGUUUCUAUGUUUAGACCUCUCUUUAUCUAGAUUUGGAUUUAGAAAGUAAGAAAAGUAGUUGUCUUUUUACAGCUUUGAGUUCUGUAUAUUUUCCGACUCACCCCGCUACCUUUAGAGAUAAGAAACAUUUGGCAGCCGAGCUUCGUUUCUUCUUCUUCUCCUUCUUCUUCUUCUUCUUCCGACGACGGCAACGACAGCGUUUUGAGGUCGGACGCCUCUCAUUUGUGGCCAGCAGCUCCGGAGUGUUUUCUUGUCCAGGAGCUGCCGGUGGACACUUUGCUCUGACACCCAUCUUAUCAUGGACCCUCAAGACUUUCAAGGUUUUUGAACACAAACGUGCGCAUAAUCGUACAGGGCAGCUAACAGUACGCCCCUCCCUCCUCCUCCUUAUAUGCUUCUUGAGACUGUUACUGCCUGAUGUCAGAUUGUUUUUUUUAAGGUUUUAAUGUCAUCAAUGUUGCUCUCUGAGUGUGAGUGUGAAUGAGCGCGUGUAAGUGUGUGUACAGUAUGUUUUUUUAUGCAUGUUGUUUAUCCUUUUACUUGCUAGAACUGCACUGACCACUGAACCGAUCUGCAAAGAGCUGGAACAAACGCAGGGUGAUUUUGGUUGUUUGAACACUCCUCUUCCACUGCAACCUUCUGACCAAGCACUGAGCAGACAUUCUGUCGAGACACGUUCAGAGACUAUAGGUGCGUUCUUUAACACAUGCCAAGGAGGCGGGAGCAACAAUGAUCAACCCAAGUAUUAAUGAAAUGUGCAGUUUAACCCCUCAGUGCCUCUACAACAAGGAUUCUUUCCUAUUUUAUCCUUUCCUAUCAUUUUAUGCAGUCUAAUCACCGACUUGUAUGUAUUUUAUUUUUGAAUUUAAAAAAAAUUCAAUUGAAUUCAAGAGUCAAACUGUUGGAAACCUUUUAAAAUCCAUCAGUGGUGGAAUGUAACUAAGUAAGUAAGUACAACUACUCAAGGCUGCACUAACAGAUUAGUUUGACCUGUUUUAAUAAAACCUAUGAUGACGUUUUAGGACAAAUUUAUAGUGAGAAUCAUUUUUGAGGUUGAGACUUUUGCUUUGUUAGAGGUUGAACUGCCUGACAGUCUGUAGUUUAAAUUAACCACAACUCAAACAGCAGUAACAGAAAAAUUCUACUAUCAUAAGUCAGUACUAUCAUCAGUAAACAGCUGAAAAAACUUCCUUUUACUUUUACAGACUUGUAUUUAUUAAGAGUAUUUUUACAUUGUUGUAAUAUUAUUUUUAAUGAAGUAAGGGAUUCUUCCACCACUGAAGGCAAAAGGAAUGACAAAUCUCCUCCUCCUUCUUGUUUCCUCACAUCACAUCUUGCUCCCUCCUCACUGGCCCUGCUCAGUCACAUGACCGGCCAAUCGUGCAGGUUGUAUUAAAGAAUGCACCCGAUGACUCGACUGUAACUGUAACUGCGUUUGCUCCAGUACAGACGUGGACACGUGCUGCAUCUGAUAAAUGUGUGACCUGCAGUGUGAUCAGGAAACACUGACACCUUGUGGCUGAAAAGAGAACUGGACCUCUGUGAAACUGCAAUUAUACAAGCAGAUAUAUUGUUGUUGCAAAGCAAUUUUCACCAGAACAUGCAAGACAUGAGUGUUUUAGUGUAAGACUGAUGUUGUUAUUAUUAUUGUGUCCAGAAUUCCAGUCGUGUGUCACUGAUGCUGAAAGCAGCCCCCUGUUGUGCUCUCAGCAAGAUACACUGAUUAUUUGCAUCUCUCCGCUCAAAAGUGUCUCCUAAAAGCUUUUGGUGGACACUAAGACGUCUCAGUUCUAAGACGGAGACUCUGUCUGUAAAAUCUCUUCAGUGACUCCUCGGCGUGUCCUGCUGUUCCAUACCAGCUCUUUCUCUGCAGCAGCCGGGUGGAUUACAGUCAACGUUACGGGUUUGGGGGUCACUUCCAUCCAAACUGUCAGUUCUGCAAAAAGGUUUUCAUUUUCAAUUCCACUUUUUUAAGCAAACACAAACAUGCAAACUAAGUGGAUUUGUAGCAGAUUAACUUUGCAGGAUCCGUGUCAAAUACUGACAUUUUCAUUUGGAAAGUUUCCUUCCAAAAUAACAUUGACAAAUAGAAAAGGUUACAUCUUCUUUUUGUAAAAAAAAGAAAAAAAGAAAAAAAAAAGAAUCAGAAUUGUAAAAAUUUGAAAACAUUUUUUCGAUUUUUGGUUAUUUCAGUGUUUGGCGGACAACAUUUACAGAUUGGAUCUUGUAUAUUGUACACAUAUUUGAAGCUGCAUUUUUUUGGCCUUCUGGGUUCAGCAGAAGAAAAGCAUUAUCACCUUAUAGAGAGCUGAGAUCAUGACGUCACGUCCAGGCUGUCCUCUGUUCUUUCUUGAACCUGAGCAUCACUCUCAUAUUGUCAGACAAACAUCGAACCCACAGCAGCUCUGUUAGAUGCUAUUAGAAGUUUAAAGAUUUAUUUGCUAGCAAACAAAAAAAAUUAUAGCUCAAAAGAAAAUGUAGCAGUGCAGCAGCAUUUCUCUAACUUUUAAUCUCAGCUGUCUAUAAAGUAGGAGUUUUUCCUAUAGGCUAGGGAAAUAGGUUUGUAAGAAGCUGCUAACAAUAGAAAUAUUACAUAAACAACCGUAUAUAGUAAGAUAAAAAUAGAUAAAUCAGCCAUAUUUAGACUUACAGUGAACCACACAUAUUUUUGUAAGACUGGAUUUUAGUCAUUUGUGUUAUUACAAAAAUCUGAUUUUGAGAAAGUUUUCUUCGCUCUGGAACAGAACCCAAAAGUUGGUGGUUUGACAUCAGCUCUCUGUAAAGUUAAUAUGGCUAACAUUAGCAAACAAUUGCUCUGUUUUAGUGGCCGUUAUUAACAUUAGAAUGAAUUUGGAGUCGUGUUUCUGGCUACCUGACCAUGAGUCCAAAUGCGUUUUGGUUUCCAACUCCUGAAUACAUGGGGCACGUUAGCUGCUAAAUAUUUCAUUAUGUUCGGUAGCUAGUUGCUAACUCUGCCCCUCUGCCAUUUGGUGCUAAACACUGAAAACAGCUGCCUGCAGCUGUAAAUGAGGUCGAUAAGAGCAGAGUCUGUGGGCUUGAAAACCAAAACUGCACUGAAAGAAGCUAAAACACCCAGUAGUAACAGUAGACCAGUAUUUGAAGGGAAGUCGGGUGAUAAUAAUUGACCCCUUUCACAUGACAAGUAGUUGUUUGAUCAAUUGUUGAUUCAAAAUAUUGAUUAGUGCAGCUUUAAAAGUAAACUUCAGGUAAUAAAAUUCCACCUAAAAUGUACUUGUAAAGCAUUUCCAGAACGAACUCUUCGUAGUGUACGUUGCUUUAGUCGUAUGGUUCAACUUGUAUACUCUUGUGUUCUGACAGUCUGGCAGGCAGAUCCAGGAAGACACAGUCGGUUUAGUUAUAUGUGACGGGGAUCAAAACCAGCAGCUAUUCAAAGGUUUUCUCCUCUCUUUAGUGUGUGUAUUUGAAGUCAAACUGAGUAGCAGCGAGGAUACGUUAAGACACUUUGUUGUAAAUUUCUCUCUCUACACAAGCGAGGUGUCACAAGUAUUAUCAAGCGCGAGGCUCCAGUGGGAGACAAAUUACUGUCAAACAACUCCUAUGCAAAAAAGAAAUCCCAGACUAAAGCUUUCACUUAGGUUGCUUAGGUUUUGCAGUUGACAGCUUUUAUUAUAUAUUGAUGGGUGAUGAUGUGUAUUCAUUCCUUGUGUAAUAUUGAGUACAGUUGUCCAAGACAGCACUCACCUAUGUCCUUUUUUCACAGCAUUUUGAAAUGUACUCUAAAUGAACUAUUGUAAAGAAAUGCAUAUAUAUGGAUAGUAUACAAUCAUAUUUAUUAUUUCCAUACAUCUAUGAAUAAUACCCAUUUUUUUAACUUUCCUCUGCCUUAACUAUAGUAGCUAUAGAAAGGGACCUCUGUCAGACAAAAGCAGGCAUCACUAGACCGUGUUUCUUGUUAUUUUAGAGUCAUUUCUUCUCUAUACGCUUACAUGAAAUCAUGUCUAGUUACUGAAUGUGUUAAUGCCACCUCAAUGUACAGUAGAAUGAAGGUGACGGCGUUGUUUGGGAUCACUCACCGGCUUCUUGUGGUUGGUUUUGGUCACGCAGAUAUUCCACAGUGUCACUGUUUUUUACAGGAAUGAUAAUAAUCCACGUUUUUUAUUUGUGUGGAUGGUGCCUUUUUGUAGUCGUUCAUCUUCUAAAGAUGUCAUGGGAAUCUGUUCAGGACUUUUUCUUUUUUUUUUUUAUAUUAUUUUAUGUCGUUUGUAUUUACAUGCCUCCUCUGUAAGCUCUUUGGGUCUAUGUCUUCUGUUUUCCUCAUUACUAUGUAGCAUAUUGUUAUUUACACAAUGUGGAAGCUAGCAGCUGAACAUACAUAUAUAUAUAUAUAUAUAUAUAUAUAUGUAAUUUCAGUUCAUUGUGUCUCACCUCUGAAGACUGCAAACAAUCCUGAUGGAGGAUUCGCUCUUGUUUUCUCUUCUAAUAGAUAUUGUCCUCACACAUUACUGAAGCGCCGUUAUAAGUAUGUUUUGAAAUGCUGUACAUAAAACACAUUUUAAGAAUUUCUCAUUGAGAUAUUGAUACAAUAGUUGUCUUUUAAUGCACUGUUGUUGCUCAAAUAUUUAGUGGUAAAUUAAAAAAAAGUAUUUAAUGUUUUUUAAUGUCUUGCUUUAGACACUAAAAGUUCUGGCAGUGCUACGAAAGUUAUAUGCAGAUGACGCUCCUCUGUGUGUGUGUGUAGAUAUGGACAGACACACAUUAGUACACGCCUAUAAUAUAAAAUCUAGUGCACUUCUAGGCUGCUCUCUCCUCUCACAUUUCCUCCUUUUUGAUAGUAUUUGCAUGUGCCUGUCUUUUUCCAAUGGAGAACAUAAGCACUUGUCGUCGCCCUCUCUUAACAGUUUGUACAGACAGACAGACAAAUAGACAGACAGACGCUCCAUCUGCAAGUCAGAGUCUCUGCGAUGCCUUCAAGGCCCGUCGUGCCAUGUGGCCUGUGUCACAAAUGUGGUUACAAUCUUUUAAUAAGUGGCUCUGUAUUGUGGAAGAACUUUAAAGUUCUGUUCUUACAGAAAACAAAAUCAUCUUCAUGUGUUUAUGAAGCUCUGAGUGAGCUGCAUCAGCAGAAUGCUUUGCAGGUUGGGGCGUCUGUCUCCUCUUCUAUAUUCUCUCUGUAUUACGUGUGUGUGUGAGAGUGUGUGUGUGCGUGCGUGCAAGUUUGAUCUAUACAUAUGGCCUAAAUGUAUUUUUUUUUCAUAGCAUUUACAGAUAAGGCAGCAAUAGUUCAGCGCAGGAAAAUCAAAAAAAAAGAAGACAUUUAUUUAGCUGCUUUUAGCAAACUUGUCCAAAUUUCACUGUACAAAUGACUGUUAAAUGAGAAAAAAAGUCAUGUAUAUUUAUUUUAUAUCCUCUAUUAUAAUAAAAAUCUCUUUUGUCUCAA